AGAAUUCUAGGUCAGGAGAUAAUAUUGAAUAUUCGAAUAUGACGGAGGCCGGUAAGUUGCCGGAUUGGCGGACUGGCUUCUUACCAUCACCUUGGGUCAACCUUGGUUUCAAUUUGGUCCACCGUGGUUGCUCGCCGCCUUGGUUCCUACAGUCCUGCCUCGUUUCGUUUCCUUCGCCUUACCUUGCCCUAACUUAUUCUUGGACUUGCCUGCUAUUCUAUUAUUCGCCAACCUGAUUGCAUACCAUUCCUUUUUCACUACCACCACCAUCAGCGCUGGCCGUACCUUCUAAUAUUGCCCUCCCUGUACUGCGGACCAUCCCGUCAUGAUGGCCUCGCUGCUCACACCGACGCCGGCGAAUCCACCAGGUCGCAUAUCCCAACUACUGCCCACAGUGAAAUGCUCAAACUGCCACCAGCCGGUCCCACUAGCAGAACUAGGUGAGCAUAUAUGCACAAAACCGCCACCAUUACCGCCAGUGCCGAAGCCAGCGUCGCCUGUACCGUCAGUCACCUCAGGCUUGUCUCAGCGGCUACAGAACCUGGUAUCAUCGCCUAAACCUAACAAUAUACCUUUGUCGCCUUCCCGCCCUUCUCCUCCAACUCAGCAGCGUCCUACAAGUCGCUCAGCGCCACAGCGUCCUACACCUCCACCACAACAUCGCCCUACACCAUCAACCGCUAGUGAUCACAUACGCGUACGUACGACCUCUGGGCCAUCGUCUACUCCAAGCAGGUCCAGUCCUUUGGCCCGCCCUGGCCCGGACAGACGCGACACGGCGUCUCCAGCAGCUAGACGUGACCUCUAUGUGCCGUCUACCGCGUCCCCGUUACGUUCUAGGACGCCUUCAUCCGACUUUCGCACGCGUACCGUCUCCAGUAGCUCCAGUAGCUCAUCACCAAGUACUGCCCGCCCUUCGUUCAUCUCCACUCGGGAUUCCCCUUCACCCCAGCCGCAGUCAUCGCCUAAAUCUGUAUCACCGCAGCCUGUAGCUCCGUACGUCGUGCCUCAAAUUGACACCAAAAUCGGCGGAGAAGCGGGCAUGGCUGGUGUUGGCCGUCGUGGUUUUGCAGCUGCAGCUCACGCGGCAGUCUUUCUCUCGUCUCAACCUCCACGCGAGAGUCGUCGUGAUAAUGCUCCUCAGUUUCUGGACAUUGCUGCCGCUUUAAGUUCGAACGCCACUCCUCCUUUAUCUCCAUCCGGAUAUUCCUCGACAUCUCCUGGUCCUGUUUCACCACUAUCCCAAUUCCAUUCCCCUAUUCUUUCUUCCAAGCCGCCUUCACCCACUGCUCUUAAUGAUAGCGAUGCCAGUCCAGUAUCACCGCUUGGCAUACGUCUCCCCUUCCCCGAUAAAUUGCGUAAAUCUGUUACACCCAUUGAUACAAACUCUAUCCCUAUCCCUAAUACUCCAUCAACGGCGACAUCUCAUACCCGCUCCAGAACCUCUUCCUCUGCUUCCCGGAGCCACACGCCUGCACGUUCUGUCAGCCGAAGCACGACCGCUUCACGGCGUGAUGACCAUAUCCCCACAUCCCCCAGUUCCGGAUCAGAAUAUGGCUUAGCCUACGCUGACUCGACAGAUUAUGAAGAAGAUGAUCGAGACACCGAUAUCAACACUAAAACGAAAGCCAACCCCCCUCCUCCUCUUCCCCUAACCACCUCCAUCCUACGUUCUACCUCUCAGACCAGCCAACAAAGUCACAUUCGUUUUCCGUCAGCAUCGGAUCAUGGCCGUUCAACUAAACAGCCAUCUCCAGCACAUCAGAAGAGCUCCGGCUCUGUGUCGUCUGUCUCCGAUGCCGAUGCCGCUGCUGGGAUAGGGAGGGAUAGGAGCAAUUCCUCUCUUAUCGCUCAGGCACUUGGGCUUUCUCAAACACCGCCGAGCAAUUAUGGACGGCUCGGUGGGCCGCCCUCGCGUAGUGGACGGAGCGCCAGUGGGAGUAGCAGUGGUAGCCGUAGCGCGUACUCUCGCAGCACCUCGGUGUCCUCUGGAACCGGAUUGGGGAUCAUCGCGCAAUCAUCUUCUGGUCUUACUACCGGUAAACUGGAAAGGGCGAUGGAGACACUAUUGGAGGACGUUGCUUUGGAUGAUGCACGAUCGUCGUUGUCCAAGAGCAAGUCCACGGGGAAACAGACAUAUUUCAAGAAAGAGGAUGGUAGUGACGCGAGAACCUCGACGGUGCCAAUACCGUAUCGGAGUAAUACGAUGCAGGUGGUGAGCAGCCCAGAGAAUAAACCUGUGAAGCUGCCGGCGCGCGCGAGGACGGAGAAAGAACGAUCAUCGGAUUUGGAGAGGGUGAGGAAAGGGAAGGAAGCGCUGCGUGGCAUAGAGCGACCGGCCAAGAAAGUUCGGAUUUGUGUGCGCUGUGAUAAGAAAAUCGAGGAUGGGAGGUGGGUACAAGUUGAUACCGGAGGUGUGCUUUGCGAGCAGUGCUGGAAGAAUAUGUAUUUACCCAAAUGUCGGCGUUGUAAUUUACCUAUAGAAAAACAAGCAGUAUCGUCUUCUGACGGUCAGCUUAAAGGAAAGUAUCACAAGGACUGUUUUAAUUGCCAUAUAUGCCACAAAUCAUUUCCCGACAAAACGUUCUACGUAUUUGACGGUCGACCAUUAUGCGCUUAUCACUAUCAUGAAGCCAAUGACUCCCUAUGUGCUGCUGCUACGUGCGGCCAGCCCAUCGAGGGACCGUGUGCGGUCUCGCAUGCAGGAGACCGGUAUCAUCCUGAACAUCUUUUAUGCGAACAUUCGGGAUGUCAUGAGAAGCUGGAGGAGUACUGGGAAGUGGAUGGACGGAUGUUGUGUGAGCGACACGCGAGGCACGAGGACGACGUGGAUGAUUACGCGGCGAUAAAAUCUAUGAGGCGGGUGACGAGGUUUAUUGACCUGGCUGGUGCGUCUGAACUUGGACUGAGAUGAACAUUCUACAUUGCAUCUUAAUUUAUUUCUCACUUUUUGACACUCUGGGGCUGCAACGGACUAUAUAUCUCUUCACAUUUUCAGCAUACCAUCAUUUCGUUGGAUCUAACUGUAGUUCACACCAAUCCUAGCAUCUUAAUUCUAC